AUGACAGACCCUUUAGAUACUCGUGACAUCAAUGAGGCUACUAUCGAUGACCGACCUGAUGAAGCAGAUAUUUCACUUCCAUGGCCUCUGUUUACAAACGCUAUAGCAACAAAAGCUUCUGCGAAUUAUAAGGAAAAAGACACAAGUCAGCGUGGCAUCUUUGAGCGCAGCUUGAGCACCCUGUCAUUUGGAACUUCUACAAGAAGAAAUUCCAGAGUUUCUGCGCCAGCUUCCUUUAAUGUUAGACUGGCAUCUGUUAUUUCGAAUGAAACCCAGAAGCUGUUCGCUGUUCACCAUAACACUGAAGACUUUAUACCACCUGUUUUGGAUCAUACCACUGAAAUCUUGACUGAUCCACUGAUAGAUUUCAACGAAGUGAGUGUUGUGUGCUGCGAAUGUGAAGGUGAGAAUAAUAAACCCAAGGAUCGAUGUAAAAGGUUGAAUAGCCACAAAGGAAGGUUCACCGCUCAACAACCUCAAAUCCGCUCACGUUCUAGAUCACGGUCGUUUAUCUGCAAUUCAUUAAUGAGUGCUUUGGGUCUGAGUGACGAUGAGGAAGACAUAGAUAAUAAGCGCGAAGAAGGUGAUCCCGAAAGCGAUUUCUUGUUAGAUGCAAAGACUAUCAACUUCUACUCGUUUAAUGAUAUUCUUAAUCGCGAGAAAGACCUUGAGAGAUUUAAUACGUUUCGCAUGAGUAAUUUGCUAUCAUAG